AUGAGUUGUUUACAAAGCGAUAAAAGUGCAGAUGCGAGUGAAUUAUCAAAUGGAUUAAUUAAGUCUGCUAAAAGAACAGGGCAAUUAAGUCUUUGCAAUAGAGGAUUAGGUACAGUGCCAGAAAAUGUGUGGAAAAUUGACGAGUUGGUGUUGGAAGAGACAAAAGAAGUUGACUUUACUAGAUCAGGCUAUAAUAAUUGGUGGAAUGCUGAGCCUCUUAAAAUACUUGACCUCAGUUCCAAUGUUAUAAAAACAAUUUCACCCGAUGUCAAACUUCUACAGCAACUGGUCACUCUCAAGCUUCAUAACAAUGCACUGACAAGCUUACCAGCAGAAUUUGGUGAAUUAAAAAACCUGUCUAACCUUAGUUUGGAUCGCAACAAAAUAGUUGAAUUACCAAAAGAAUUCUAUAAGUUAACUGAACUAAGGUGGCUUAGUAUAUCUCGUAAUGAAAUUACAAAAAUUGACCCCAGUUUUGGUGACCUUGUGAUGUUGACAUUUUUGGAUCUGUCAUAUAACAAACUACAAGAGCUGCCUCCAGGUAUGGGAUAUUUAGUUCGCUUAGUGGAUUUAAAUUUGUCCCAUAAUCAGUUGACUGAGUUACCUCCAGACAUUGUAAACUUGAGAGAAUUAAGAAAAAUGAACGUGAGCAAUAAUUGCUUGAAAAAAUUACCUCCAAUGGGAGAGCUCAGAAAAAUGGAAAUUCUAGAUGCAAAUCAUAACAACAUUGAUGAAUUACCAGACUUUUAUGGAUGUACAGCUUUAAAAGAAAUAUAUAUAGCUAACAAUUUCAUUAAGGAAAUAACAGAAGAGUUCUGUGAUCAAAUGCAACAUUUAAAUGUAUUAAAUAUAAGAGAUAAUAAGCUUGAAUUGUUACCUGAAAACAUAUCACUUCUUCAGAGACUGAAGAGACUUGACCUUACUAAUAAUAAUUUGAACAAGCUCCCGCAAAAUCUGGGUUUGCUUUCCCAACUUCAGAGUAUAAGCAUGGAUGGCAACAAACUAUCAUUUGUCAGACAAGAUAUCAUUAGGGGGGGAACUGACAGAAUGAUGAAAUUUUUGAGGGACCGAAUUGCAGAAGAAGUUGGCAGUGACUCUCAAAUUCUUCACAACGAAUGGCCAGACAAAUUUACGUUGAAAAAGAAUCAAGCACUAAUGCUGCCAGGAAAGGAGCUGACAUCAGUUCCGGAAGAAGUGUUCGUCACGGCCGCCAACGCUGAAGUACACAUUGUGGACAUAUCUAAGAAUAAAUUUAAAACUGUACCCUUGGGAAUAUGUCAAAUAAAAAACACGCUUUCCCAGUUAAUACUAUCAUCAAACAACAUUGAAAGCGUUCCACCCGAAAUAAGUCACUGCAUACAUUUACAGUUUCUUGAUUUAGGUAAAAACUGCUUAGUGGAUUUACCUUUGGAAUUUGGUGAUUUGAAGAACUUGAGAGAAUUAGUCAUAUCUAAUAACAAAUUUACAAAGAUACCUCGUUGUGUCUACGAAAUGGAGAAUUUAGAAAUACUGUUAGCUGCUGAAAACCAAAUCACCGAGAUCAACGUUUCGUCAGAUGCGUUAGCCAAGUUGAAGAAACUCGCUGUGUUAGACCUGACCAAUAACAGUAUUAUCACAGUGCCACCUGAGUUAGGAAACUUCACACAUUUGAGAGCUCUGGAGUUAAUGGGAAACUGCUUCCGUCAGCCUCGACACGCAAUACUCGCAAAAGGCACCGCAAGUUUGCUGUCGUACCUCAGAGACCGUAUUCCCACAUAA